AGCGGCGGGGCCAAUGGGGGCGCUGCGGUGGGGCUGGGAGGUGGCGGCGCUGCCUGUGCCCCUGCAGUCGGCGGCGGGCGGCGGCGCGGGCGCAGAUAUAUCCUCCCAAAAUUCUGGAAAGAGCGAUCUGGAAAGAAACAUGAACAAAAUGAAUUGUAUCCUGAUCAGUGCUUUCAUUACUUUGGUUGUUUUUUGCAGUUCUGGCUACUCUCUGAGAUGUUAUACAUGUGAUCAAAGUCCUGUAUUGUGCAAGACCAACGGUACAUGCAUACCUGGUGAAGAUGCUUGCCUACAGAUCAGGUUUACUAAAGUGAAAACAUAUGCCUGCUGGAAGAGUUCCAGAUGCAACAUAAAUGAGAUUGCCUCUCUGUUUCAUGCUGAUAACUUUGAGUACUUUUGCUGCCAAACUGAUAUGUGCAAUAAGAGUCCAACCAUAGUGAUUAGUAAAACUGCCUUCAGUGUUGCCACCAUAAUGACUAUGAUCUGGAUACUCUGUUUUUAAUCUGAAGCUAGAAAGAUGACUUGCUGUCACUGUUACUUGUACUUAACAUUUUCUCAGUUCUAACUGUGUGGGGAGGAGGCAGGAACACAUUAUUACCUGUUACUUUUAAAUCCUAUUUCAUAGGUUGCUUUCUGUUGAGGAUAAAUCACUGUCUACAGCAAACUGGGAAAAGGAGUAUAAAUAUCUUAUGCCAUGUUUAUGGAGAAAAUAACUUGAACGGAAAAGGUGUACAUAGGGUCACUGAAGGUACAUUAAUUGGUAGAAAAUUAUUGUUCUUUAAUGUUCUAUAAAUUUGCAGUUAUGAUUUUUCUUUUCGCGUAAGUCUUAGCCUCAGAUUAGUGCAUUAGUUGUUCUGAUACCACUUGCAACUGGUAAAAGUGUUUAAUUGCAAUGGUGUCAGAUUCUGGUUCCUUGCCCAACUUGAAAUGUUUUGCAGAUGGAUUGAGGCUAUUGGAAUACCAAUUAUUUAGUAGGAAAGCUUAUGAACUUUUUAUACAGCUGAAGGGUAAAUCAAAGUAUAUUUCAAAUAUAUGAGGAAUGCCUUGCCUCCAAGUUUUAUGAGCAUGCAGACAUGUACUUGCUACUUGAGUAUCUUGUGUAAAUUUUCUCUUUAGCUUAUGGAAGCUUUCACAUUUAAGAUGCAAGUUGAGCAUGUGCUUUGUGCAACAAACUGCUUAAUGUAUUGAAAAUGAUCUACAAAGCAGUUAGGAAUUUAAAAGGAACAUCUGCUAGACAUGCCCAGUAUGGAUAUCCUUCAUUUUACUUUUAUUUGGCUUCAAAAUAUAUCAACAAGCAAGUCCUAAAUAGGAGUUUAACUAUCUGUAUUCCAGACCUGGACUUGGAACUCUUUGAACUGAAUUUUAUGCAACAUUUAUAACUUGCAGUAUUUUAUUGCAGCUAAUACAGUUAGGUAUUGCAUGAGAGACCAUUCUUGCUGAUCAUGUAAAUGUUCUUGACUUAAUUGGGUUGUUCCUUUUUUCCCCUCCCUGCCUGCCUCACUCCCCACCACCAAAUGUACUGACCCACUGAGUAACACGAGAAAUACCUUAAUGCUUUCAUUGUAUUUAGACACCUUUCUUAAUUGGAUAUUAUAUUAUGACAAAUCUUCCUCUCA